UUCCGUGAGCGUAUAGUUUUUUUUGUUUUCUUUUAUUACGUCAUCUGUCAGAGACCUACUAGCGCGUCUAUACACCAUGCACGCCUACCAGUGUUUGUGCAAAGAGUUCCGGGUUCAUCUUUAGAGACGACGAUCACACAACAGGAUCUGCCAUGGAUGUUUGUUUAUUGUCAAGAAGCAAAAAACUAGUUCACUUGGAUUUAAAAGGCGCGCCUCCAAGAAUUAACUAUCUACAUGAGUUACUUCACCUUUUUGCUGAUCUUGGUGCAAAUGGCAUCCUUAUUGAAUAUGAGGAUAUGUUUCCCUAUGAAGGAGAGCUGAAGAUCCUUCAGUCCAAAUCUCACCCACCCUACAGCCGAGAAGAGAUUAUUGCCAUUCAGGAUGUUGCUUACUCCAGAGGGUUGGAGGUUAUUCCUCUAGUGCAGACAUUUGGACACCUUGAAUUUGUCUUAAAGCACAACACCUUCAGCAAAUUGCGAGAAUUAAGACACUGUCUGGGAACCCUGAACCCACAUUGCAAGCAAGGACUUACUCUUAUACUGGAAAUGCUGCAGCAAGUCAUGGGGCUUCACCCGAGGAGCACUUUUCUACACAUUGGGGCAGACGAGGUAUACAUGCUGGGACAAGGAGAGGAGUCGAAAGAGUGGUUAAGUGUUCCAGGUCACAAUGUUGAAAAGCUGUUCCUUGAUCAUGUCACUAAGGUGGCAAAAGGAAUUAAGGAGACUUACCCCAGCCUUAGUGUGAUAAUGUGGGACGACAUGCUGAGGCACAUGACCACUGACACCAUUAAAGAUAGUGGCCUAAUUGGACUUGUGCAGCCCAUGCUGUGGGACUACAGUCCUACAAUGGAUGUGGCCCACAAUAUUAUGCUAAUGGAGAAAUACAAAGAAGCAGGUUUAUCCCAGCAGUGGAUUGCGAGUUCUUUCAAAGGCUCCACCACUGUAUACACAUGUGUAACCAGCACACAAAGACAUGUGGACAAUCAUGUUCAAUGGUUAAAAGUGUUGUCUGGUCUUUCACCUGGUGUGGAUCUACAGGGCAUUGCACUCACUGGCUGGCAAAGAUAUGACCAUCUGUCUGUUCUAUGUGAACUGAUACCUCUUGGCUUGCACUCUCUUGCCUCAUGUCUGCAGACUCUACAGCAUGGAAGCUUUACUCAAGAAGCACAGCACAAGGUGAUGGAGGCACUUGGCACAGAGACAACUGAAGUUGGCGAUAUAGAGAGUUUGUCUCAAGGUUCCUCUCGCUCAUAUACUGGCAUGAGAUUUGCUGAACUCAUUGUACAGCUGACAGCCAUGCUGGAGUCUGAAGAUUUUAGACACUUUGAGAGCAAUAUGUAUGUGAGAGGCUGGUUCUCCCCUUAUCAGAGGCAGCAGAAGACCGUCAACCCACUUAUUGCACAUCAAAUUCAGAAUCAGGCACAAAUGUUCCUGGAAACUGUAGAGCUCAAGGUGCAGGAGGUGAGGCAGGAGAUGAAAGUGCUUUAUCCAGACACAACAGUGGAGGAAUGGGUUUCUCAGCAUAUCACUCCAGUACUAAAGCCCAUUCAAGUCUUACUGACUGAUCUCCAAACUGCCUUGGAUGAUAUGGGAAUUUCCAUCAGUGAAUCUCACAGUGAACAUUAAAUUUCAAUUAAUAAAACAUUUUUAUAAAUACAGAAACAUACAUCUUUUAUUGCAAGAAGAGUAUAGUUGUUUGCUAAUAUUUUAGGUGAUAUUGCUGGAUAUCGAAUAGAUAUGCUAAAUAUUUUUUACAUUCAUUAUAUAAAUGCCAAAUAUUAUUUGAGCUAUAUUUUGGCUCUCAUCUGGUUGCACUUUCUUCUCUGCUAUAAACGGUUAAUAUCUGAUUUAUUAUUAACCAAUUAAUGUGUACAAUUCAGCUGUGAAUUUAUUGUGUGAAUAUGUUUAAUUUUUAAUAUCAAUUAAUUAAACACAUUAUAAUUUU